UCGCCUUCCCUUUGCUAUAUAUUCGAGCACGCGGCAGAGUAUGCAGAAUGUGGACUCUUCAUCAUCUGCGGCUGCGAGGCUGGUCUCACGGGAGUAUCGAACUGUCUGCAUCGAACUCAGAUAAUUAGGUGUUUCCAGUUUCCAGACUAGACCUGAUCCGGCGCGAUCGAUGUCCGAUCGGAGGGAGCUGUGACCGAACGAAUUGACUUGAUUGUGCGGGAUGAAGUGGUGGUGGUCAGAUUUGGCGGAAUGCCGGUGGAGGAAGAAUUGAUCACGGGUGGGGGUUGAACUUCUGAUUGAGCUGAUUGGGCCUGUGCGAUUUUCUGUUUAGCUCCAGGUUUCGAUGUUUCGGAAGAGUGUGCUUCGGAUCCACCCGAUCCUUUCAGUGCGACCGCUUGGAGGCUGGCUUUAUGGUAGGCUGCACUUUGACCACAGGGUCUGCUCUGUCGACUGCGAGAGCUUCUCACAGCUCGGAGAUUCCAGUGCCCAGAAUAGUAUUCGGCGAUACGCAAUUCAGACUGAAUCCGACAGUGGCAUUUGUGUUGAGAAAUUUUCAGGUACAUCUGUGGAAGUCCCUGCUCGGAAGAGUACUAUUUCCAAGAGACCUUCAGGGACCGCUGGGACCGAGUAUCUAAAUCGCACUGUAUUAGAAUCGAGAAACAUUUCCAGACCUGUAACUGUCGGGAAUGUCGUUACCGAAAAUUCCUCUGGCGACGUUUCGUUUGGAUUUGAUGAAGCGCAGCGCAUUACGGAAGAGAAGCUCACUUGUGAUCAAGUCUCUCAGAAAAACUCCACGAAUGGAGCUUCCAACUCGAAUAGUAACCAGGGCGGAAAGCUGGAAAUUUUGCUUUCUCCGGAAGAAAGUAGGGAGGUAGAUAAUUUCGCAGACGUCGGUUUGGCUCUUCGAAGCUCCUCGAGCGAAGAUGAUGGGGACGUGGAAAAGAAGGCCUCGGCACAGGCUUUGGCAUUAUUAGAAGCUGCCUUAGAUGCAGCAGAGGAGGAAGGAGGAGUUGUAAGAAAAGAAGACCAGCUUUCCCUGAGAGUAGCUGUUGUGGGCGCCCCCAAUGCUGGAAAAUCAUUGCUCACGAACAAACUAGUCGGCACUCGGGUAUCUGCUGUGUCCCGCAAAACCAACACAACUCAUAGAGAACACCUUGGUGUGUACACCAAAGGCGACACACAGCUGUGUUUCUACGACACUCCAGGACUCCACCUUGACAUAGAAGGAUCCCCGCUUAGGGUGGACGCACAAAGUAGGGUUCAAAGUGCAUGGCAGACAGUCGAUACUUGCGAAGCUGUGGUGGUCCUUGUCGAUGCCGAGCGUCAGAUUAGAAGGCCCGACAGAAGAGUCAAGAAGCUCAUAGAGAAACUUGGCAUGGAACAGGUUGUCGACCAGAAAAAGAUUCUGUGCUUGAAUAAGGUUGAUCUGAUUGAGCAGAAAAGGCUUCUCCUUCCUCUUGCCAAGGAAUACGAGAGCCUUCCAGCUUUUGACAGAAUAUUUAUGAUAUCAGGAUUGACCGGAAGUGGAGUAAAAGACGUCAAAGACUACCUUAUGCAACAGGCAAUUGCUAGUCCUUGGGAGGAGGAGGCAGAAUACACAAACCACCGUGAUAUCGCUCUAGAAAUUGUCCGUGAGCAGGUUUUUGAACACCUGCACGAGGAGUUGCCCCAUACCACUAGGCAGAAGCUUGUCUCUUGGAAAGUAUUGAAAGAUGGAUCAGUAAGAAUUCAACAACUCUUGCUCGUGGCCAAGAAAGAGCACCAGAAGAUUCUUGUGGGGAAAAAUGGAGCCGUUAUUGGAGAAAUAGGUAUUAAAGCUCGCAAGGAGCUAUCGACAAUUUUGGGAGUAACUGUGCACUUGGUAUUGGAUGUGAAGUACAUGCCUGGAAUAGAAUAGACUGAUGAAGUCACCGGUGGGUUACGGGGUUCCUUAUCAAUGUCUGGAUCCCGUGUUGCUCUUUGAGCAUUGAGGAUUGGAGUUGGUCUCUGCGGGGAUCUCAUUGAAGGCAUCGCUGAAGGAUGGUCUUGAGCUGGAGGCGGGCAUCCGAACAGACUCUGUCUAGUAGGUUUGCAGAGUAGUUUCAGUCUGUUUAGAUUUGUCAGCUACUGCUCUAGAAAAUACUCUAGUUGUCUCGGAGAUGGAAAGCCUCAUCGAAGCAAGCGGAGAGGAGAGGAGAGGAGGGAUCUAAGGAUAGAAAAAAGUUUCCUUAUAUCAGCUAGAAGGAUCGCUUCAUGGAUCUCGUGAGCAUUCAUGAGAUGGUUCUCUUUUCAAGCUUAACAAGAAAUGAUCCAGGGAUACCUCAGAAUCAACUUCUGCCUACCCAAUAAACGAGCAUGCGUUACGUACGUUCACAAAUCGAUUAUCAUGCUAGAAUUUUCCAUAUCAUUAGCGACAGUUGCCUCUGAACUUGGGUGGUUGACCAAGGUCAAAAGUCUUGGAUCCUACAUCUAGCAUAAAAAACCCCGAACCAGGUUUUGCCGUUUGGCACUCCAUUCUGAUUCUCCAUUCUGAAAGGAGAUGUGAGGAUAGAAAUUUUGGGAAGAAUGGACGUGCAUUUAUCAAUCCAACAGUAACACGUACUUUAGCUCUACAUGUUGACAUCGAGUAAAAUAGGAUUAAACUCGUAAGGUAGAUUCUGAAGAUCACAACGGCGGGGUUUAGGCUCACCGAUCAUCUCCAGGAAAGACGAUCUUUGUUCGAGACUCUUUACGUUUUUCUAUCCUCCUCCCUGUUAACCACUUGAAUGCACCUCGGAAACCCAACAGGGAACCAACAACAGGGUAGUGAGAGUACCCUGUCAGAGCAGGAGGCACCUGCCUAGCUCUUCUGAACUCGUAGUUGGGUACAAAGUGCACUGUUCGAUACCCGCACGCAGUGGUUUGUAGGUACCAUAGGCGACAAAAGUGAGGUUUUGUUCCAUGAGUACCUGAAAGAUAAGAUAUGGCGUGCAUUGUAAGCCAAUUUCAAACAAACCAUCGAUAAACGUAUCGAUAACUGCCCUUUUGCACAUAGAUGGUG